UCUCAGAGGCGGAGCAAUAUGUGAAAAACGAGAGCUUCAGCGUCAGAGUCCAGAAGUGAAACUUACAGUGAGAACAGCAAAGUUUGUUUGUCUUCACAGGAGCGUCAAACGGAGCUCUUCCAGCCUUUCUGAGCAGCACAGCACAGGUUCUUCCAACACUGGGUGCAGACAUGUCUGCUGCCAGCUGUCUUCUAUCUGAAGAUCAGUUUCUGUGCUCCAUCUGUCUGGAUGUCUUCACUGAUCCAGUCUCCACACCAUGUGGACACAACUUUUGCAAAAACUGCAUCAGUCAACACUGGGAUAUCAGUGAGAGGUGUCAGUGCCCCAUGUGUAAAAAGGUGAUUGAGACCAGACCUGAGCUGCACAUCAACACUUUCAUCUCUGACAUGGUUUCUCAGUUCAGACUUGAAGCUCAGCAGAAAGUCAGCAGCAGCAGCUCAGAGCAACAAGCUGCCAAACCAGGAGAAGUUCCCUGUGACAUCUGCACUGGAACCAAACUGAAGGCUCUGAAGUCCUGCCUGGUGUGUCUGGCCUCCUACUGUCAGACUCACCUGGAGCCUCACCUGACAGCUUCACGUCUGAAAAGACAUCAGCUGAUUGAUCCUGAGGAGAACCUGGAAAGUAGGAUAUGUGUGAAACAUGAUCAACCUCUGGAGCUGUUCUGUAAGACCGAUCAGACAUGUGUCUGCAUGCUCUGCUCUGUUAUAGACCACAAGACUCAUGAGUUUGUUCCUCUGAGAGAAGAAUAUGAAGGAAAGAAGGCAGAGCUGGGUAAGACUGAAGCUAAAAUUCAACAGAUGAUCCAGAAGAGACGACUGAAGAUUCAGGAGAUCAAAGAGUCAGUGAAGAUGAGUAAAGAUGCUGCAGACAGAGAGAAAGCAGAAGGUGUUCAGGUCUUCACUGCUCUGAAGGAGUUUGUUGACAGACGUCUGAACGAGCUCAUAAAGGAGAUUGAAGAUAAACAGGAAACAACAGAGAAACAGGCUGAAGGUUUCAUCAAAGAUCUGGAACAGGAAAUCUCUGAGCUGAUGAAGAGAAGCUCUGAGGUGGAGCAGCUCUCACGCUCUAAAGAUCACCUCCACCUCCUCCAAAGCUUCUCAUCCCUGAAAGCUGCUCCAACCACCAAAGACUGGACAGAGGUCAGUAUCCAUCCACCAUCAUAUGAGGGGACUGUGGUGAGAGCUGUGGAUCAGCUGAAGGAGACACUCAAUGAAGACAUGAAGAAGCUGUUUGAGGCUGAGCUGAAGAGGGUCCAGCAGUAUGCAGUGGAUGUGACUCUUGAUCCUGAUACAGCACAUCCUUAUCUCAUCCUGUCUGAUGAUGGAAAACAAGUACACUGUGGUGAAGAGGAGAAUGAUCUUCCAGACAACCCAGAGAGAUUUUCUAAAAUUCCCAUUGUUUUAGGAAAGCAGAGUUUCUCUUCAGGCAGAUUUUACUUUGAGGUUCAGGUUAACGACAAGACCAACUGUUCCUUAGGAGUGGCCAGAGAGUCAGUCAACAGAAAGGAAGAAAUCGCACCGAGUCCUGAGAAAGGUUACUGGAGUGUAGGAGUAUAUGAAAACAUUUGUGUAGCUCUGGAGGGUCUUCCAGUCUGUCUUCCUCUUCAGUAUUAUCCUGAGAAGGUGGGGGUGUUUGUGGAUUAUGAGGAGGGUCUGGUCUCCUUUCAUAAUGUUGAUGAUGCAGCUCUUAUCUACUCCUUUACUGGCUGCACCUUCACUGAGAAACUCUACCCAUUCUUCAGUCCUGAAGUUAAUGAUCAUCUGAUCAUCUGUCCUGUCAAUCUGGCAAUUUGAUCUUUUUCUAUAUGGACAUUUCAUAAAUUACAGGUUAAGCUCAACAUUUCUCUUCCAGGAUGCUCUGAAAAAGUUUUUGUGCCAUGAAAAUGCACUAGUUUUUCUAUUUUUCAAUAAAAUAAAAGAGAUGUUGAUAGAACACCAGCAGUGAUCAGCUUUACUGAGACACAUUCAUGGUAAAAAUGCACUACUUAUCCAUGGUAACACUUUAUAAUAUGGCCGGUGAGUAAGGGUUCAAUUCCUCUACAGGUUUUUUUUUUUUCCUUUUUUAGCUGAAAUUACAAUCUGAUUAAAUUGACCUCAAAAUAGUUGGUGUUAGAAACACUGCUUGUGAAGUGUAUUUAUUUGAUUCAUGGUUAAUAACAAUAAUUAUAUUUAAAGUAUAAUCUUAAAUAAAAGUUUGCACAUACUGGUGGAUCAUCUAUUGUAGAAAAGUAAAAUGUUGUUGCUAAUCCAUUAAUUCAGUGCAGUUGCAUCAGAAACCUUACACUGUAUGGUGGUCUGAUGAAUUUGGUAGGUACUGUACACUAGAAAGUAGGUUUAAUAACAAACAUCAUACAUUUUACAGGAAAGGAAACACAAAUUAGACUGUCAGUCAAGGUUAAGUAGAGCAUAGUUUUCAGGUGUUUUAGUGGGGAAAAAAACUAAAAGGAGACAUUCAUGGUCUUUCUUCUUUUAUAAUUUUGACUCUCAAAAUUCUGAGUCAAAUUUUGUAACAUAAGAGGAGAGUUGAGCACUGUACCAUUCAUGAUUGACACCAACACUAUAAACAAUCCAGCCUGUUAGCCUUACCCACCGCCUUUCAGAGGUGGAGCAACACCUGAAAGAGGAGGGCUUCAGUGUCAGAGACGAGACCUGAAACUUAAAAUGAGAGCUGCAGCUCAGCAAAUCUGUUUCUCUACAAAGGAAUCUUAAACGGAACUGAUCCAGCCUUUCUCAACGGGGUUACCACCACGACAGGCACCAACUACCUUGCGGCCACAGCUCAGUACACAAGCCUCAGCAGUGGUCCCCAACCCCUGGGCCAUGGACCGGUACUGGGACGCGAGAGUUGAAGCUCUGGUGUGAAAUUUAUGGUUUUCAGGGUUUUUAUCGUU